UGCCUUCCCGGCCAACUUAGUAGCAGCCUGUGUAGCUCUUUGCGUGGAUCGCGCGCAACGACCGCCUUCUCCGCGCGCCGACGAAUCGACCGCCAAAAUCAUCCCGGCACGUUUCUCUUCCCCUCCUCCGUACCCGAGAGAAGUUUCGCUCCUGUUUCCCCGUUCGAUCGGAACCGAUCCGAACCGAUCCGAAACGAUCCGAACCGAUCCGAAACGAUCCGAUCCGAUUCGUUCGUUUCUGCCGAGAUCGGUCUUGCGUUUCCUCGCUCGCCUCCCUCUUCUUCCCCCCGUCCGCCACUUUCUCCCUCUCUGUCGGUCGUGUCCGUCCUGUCUCUCUCGCACUCGGUGAAAUACGCUCGGCUCGCCUUGACGAUCGCUAGUCGAGGAGUCGAUUCGCUGGAGGAAUCACGCUGCGACACCGUGCAACCGUGCGCGCACCAGGACGACGGACGUCGGAGCGCGCCGCACUUCGAUCGAGGAUCGAGGCGGCGAUCGUUAUCUGGCCUAGCCCACCGUCCUCGAGCAGGUCUCGCGAUCGCGAGGCGCGUGUGCCUCUCGAUCGUGCCAACCUUCCAGGUGGGAUAGAAGGUUGACUCGUCGGAAGAUGCGGCGCUGCAGCUGGAGCUGAAACCGCCUCGCAGACUGCGAAGUUCGGAUGGUCCGAAACCACGAGCGGUCACCAACAAGUAAGGAAACACUUCGAUAAUCGUCUCGCGCGUCUCGUCCUGUUCACCUUGCUGUAGCGAACCGAAAAAUUCGGGAAGACCGACAAAGCCGGAAUAAAAAGUCCGAGAACAAAAUUUCCAUCGAAAGAGAGAGAGAGAGAGGGAGAGAAAAUCCUACAAUUGCGUGGGGCACAGGGAUAGCGAGAGGAAAAGAGCGCGAGCGAACAAGAGAAAGUAAACAGAGCCGAAGGAAGAACGGCUUGGGAGAAAGAAAAGAGGAACGAGGAGGAAGGAAGAAGAAAGGAGACAAUAUAUAGAAAAGAAACAAGCACAGAGAACGAUAGGAAAGUGAAAAGAAAAGAAACGAAAAGAAAAGAAACAGGGAACAGAAAUAGAGAAAUCGUGAGAGGGCGAUCUUCUUCGCGCGGGGAUCGCUGAUCGCGAGAAAAUGGCAUCAAGCUUCAUGCCCUGCUUGUCGAUGAAUUACCUGCUGAAUGCUGUGUUCCUCGCGUUCCUCGUCGUUCUACAAAGUAACGCUAGUGCGGACAAGAGCCACGCGAAAUCGCCCCCCUGUUUGAGCGACAUUUACUGCCAUGGCGAGCUCCUGCACACGAUACAGAUGGCGUCCAUCUACAAGGACUCGAAGACGUUCGUGGACAUGAAGAUGAAACAGUCGCCCAACCAGACCCUGGCGUUGUUCCACGAGUUCAUGGAGCAGGUGGAUCAGAUGCCGACCAGACGGCAGAUCGAGCAGUUCGUGAAUCGAACGUUCGACCCGGCCGGGUCGGAGUUCGAGGAGUGGGACCCGGCGGACUGGACCGGCCGGCCGAGCUUCCUCAACAAGAUCCACGACGAGGACCUGCGGAAGUUCGCCUCCGAUCUGAAUCACAUCUGGAAGAUGCUCGGUCGGAAGAUGAAGGACGACGUGAGAGUAAACUCGGACCACUAUUCGAUCCUGUACGUGCCGAACCCGGUGAUCGUGCCCGGCGGCAGGUUCCGGGAGUUCUAUUACUGGGACUCCUACUGGAUCGUGAAGGGGCUGCUCCUGUCGGAGAUGUACACCACCGUGAGGGGGAUGCUGACGAACUUCGUCUCGAUCGUCGACAGGAUCGGGCUCAUACCGAACGGCGGGCGCAUCUACUACGUCAUGAGAUCCCAUCCGCCGCUUCUGUUGCCCAUGGUCGAGCAGUACCUGAAGGUCACCGGCGACUACAAAUGGCUCGAGGAGAACUUCCCCAUUCUCGAGAAGGAGUUUCACUUCUGGAUGGUCAAUCGGACGGUCGAGGUCGAGAUGGACGGCACCAAGUACACCCUGGCCAGGUACUUCGAGGAGUCCGCGGGCCCGCGGCCGGAGUCCUACAAAGAGGAUUAUCUGACCAGCCAAAGCUUCCGCACCACCGAGGAGAAAGAGAAUUACUACUCGGAGCUGAAGACCGCCGCCGAAUCCGGCUGGGACUUCUCCACGCGUUGGUUCAUACUCGACGGCACGAACAAAGGUAACCUGACGAACUUGAAAACGAGAUCCAUUAUCCCCGUCGAUCUGAACGCGAUUAUCUAUGGAAACGCGCAGCUGCUGGCGCAGUACAGCCAGAGGCUCGGCAACGAGACGAAGGCGGCGUACUACAGGAAGAUCGCGGACGAUUGGAAGAGGGCGGUGACGGCCGUGCUGUGGCACGACGAAGUCGGCGCCUGGCUCGACUACGACAUGCUGAACGACAUCAAGAGGGACUACUUCUAUCCGACGAACAUCCUGCCGCUCUGGACCAACUGCUUCGACCUCAGGAGACGGGAGGAGUACGUGGCGAAGGUGCUCAAGUAUUUGGAGAAGAAUCAGAUCAUGCUGAACCUGGGCGGCAUACCGACCACGUUCGAGCAUUCCGGUGAACAGUGGGACUACCCGAACGCCUGGCCCCCGCUACAAUACUUCGUCGUCAUGUCGUUGGACAACACCGGGGAUCCGUGGGCGCAGAGACUCGCCUACGAGAUCAGCCAGCGAUGGGUCCGCAGCAAUUACAAGGCGUUCAACGAGACGCACAGCAUGUUCGAGAAGUACGACGCGACGGUGUCGGGCGGUCACGGAGGCGGAGGAGAAUACGAAGUCCAGCUGGGCUUCGGCUGGUCGAACGGGGUCGUGAUGGACUUGCUGGACAAGUACGGCGACCGGAUGACCGCCGAGGAUCAUUUCGAGCCGUUGGACAUGGUGGAGAACGCGGCGUCGCAACCGGCGGCGGUGGUCUCGACGGCCGGUCAGGUGAUGACCGGCAUCCUCGCGCUGAUAAUAUCGCUGGCCGCAGGAUUCAUAGGAAUGGUGGUGUACAAGAGGCGGCAGUAUUACGUCCCAGGGCCGUCGACGAUGCCGAACAAGAGAAUGGUGAUAUCGCCUAAUAGCAACCUCUACCGAAAGAGGAUCGCCUACACCGAGCUGAGGGAUAUGAACAACGAUUGACGAUGCUUGUUACCUAGAGGAUCGAUUCGUUGACCGACUGAACAAUCAAGCACAACCGGGAGAAAAAAUGCUAGGGCAAUGAACACACCGCGGGGAGAAGAAGAAGAAGAAGACGAAGAUGAAGAAGAAGUUGAUCGAGGCGUAAUCGAGAUCGAGUUCGAGCAAAAGAUGUAGAAGGUGACAAACAGGUGACUGUGUUCCUCUCGAUAUUCACGCGACCGAAGGUUAGAAGGCUUCUAGACGGAGUGCUCCCUUCGAUUCGCCGAUCCUCGUCGUGAACACUUGAAGGAGGUCGAGGAUCUGUCCUAUGGUUUCGAGAAGACUGCAGGGGGAGAACCGCUACAUAAUGGUCAUCCGAAAAAUUCUAGAGCGUAGCUAAUUGAUUUCUUUCAUUUCGACCGGAAACUUGACGCACAAAAGCAUGUGAACACUUAAGUAAUACGGGGUUGUCGAUAUUGUGACGAUUAAAGAUGAUGUCCAUUAGUAGGGGAACCCCUAAUCGAUGGUGGGCUCUGUCUCAUCUCGUAGCAAGAUGCUUGACAGUUAGAUCAUUCUCCUCGAAACCACGGAGUGGACUGUGCGACGUUGAAACGCGCUCAAAGUUCCUACGCGUCCUCGCGCUCCGCGGAUGCAUCGAUUUUGUCCUUGAGAAAAAACAUCAACGAACACGUUGGCAUAGCGUGCCACGAGAUUCUCUUCGGCGGCCUUUGUCCGCGCGCGUCGCGCGUAUCACGAGACAGACUGUUGCUUAACCGAUGAUCCUGUGAACAGUCACUUUUUUGCUCCGAAACACAGUCUCGUUCUCAAAGAAUAUACUUAUCUCGUGCACGCGCGUUACAAUUCUAUGAAGAAGAGUAGAAAGGAUCGAAUCGAUGCUCGGCCGGAGCCUGUGCCCGACGCGAAACUCGCGGCUGCGAGGCGAACAUAAUCACCGGACAAUAAAGCUGAAAAGAAAGCGGGGAUCGUCGGUGGUUCAGGGGGGCGAAUCGGGAUCGCGAUCAACAAGAAGGCUGCGAUCUACGAGCGUGUUCGCUAGACGAGUUUAGACAAUUCAAAACACUGUUCGACGCGUAUUCGAACUUCUAGAGCCUCGCAUAAGCGUUUCCGACGGAAUCUCGUGAACCGAGAGAACUCGACAAAUCUUGUCGGGAACGCCUACUCGAAGAUUUAACGAAGACGGGUGUAAAUUCGCCGUACAGUGUGUGAUCGAGUCACAACGGUAUAGAACAAAUUAAGGAUGAAAACGUUGUAUUUUUGCUGGUAUUUUUGUAAGGGAAUCCGUUCCACCUACACGCUUAAAAUCGUCCUUGACGACAGCAAUCCACAGCAUGAGUCGCUACCAUUUCAUCAGUUUUAAUUUGCUUCCUCUUUUCAUGGUUCCUCCGCGUUAUAAGUCGCGCUCGGUAUAUUUCUCUUUCGAACGUUGGGAAAUCGAUUUUAUUUGCGGAAUUUCUGUAUAGAAUGUUUGGAUCGAUUCUAAGCAGUUUUAGGGUUUGGCGAAUAUUUUUAGGAUACAGGAAUGUUUCGAGGAAUUUUUUCUGCAUCCAUAUCACGAUGCAAAUAUUUAUUUAUUAUUGCGAAUGUAGAGAAAAUUGAAUAUUUGUUACAGCUGCGAAUGGUUAUUAUUGCAAGAAGAAAAUAAGUGUGCAGAGGAAACGGCAUCAAAUUUGUCAACCUACUGGCAAGACGCUGAAACGUUAAUUACGGUGAAAUUAAGGUGUAAAAAUAUAAACCGAAGGCGCAGGAUUGUUCGGAACAAUCUGCUGCAUCAAUAUUGUGGCAAAAAGCAGAUGACAAGACUGUAAAAUAUAAUUAAUUGCUUCUCGAAGUUUAAUCAACUGUUACAUCAAUUAAUUAUGUUUUUCGCUGUUGUCAUCUAUUAUUUUCAUAUGAUAUCGACGCAGCAAACUUUUCUGGACAGUUCUGUACCAUUGGUUUAUUUCUUGGUUGCCUAAUUUUCUCAUAAUUAAUGUUUUCAUGCUGCCCUGCUUUGUGCACACGUGCGAGAUUGUGGCGCCUCUUGUGGACAAAAAGCAAAGCUUACUUCGGAGUCCGUACAGCGCCAAUGCACGCAGUGUCAAAUCGCUCAAACUCUUGGUCGAAAUCGAUUGUCGGUAAUUUUGGCUAAUAGUUCGAGCGUUCUGUCACUACGCUAAUUGGCGCUGUACGGACGCCGAAAAGAGCUUCGAGACUUUGCCGCUACGUACAAUAGCGCUAUUUUUUAUAUUUUAAGUAAUAGACGAUUCGUGACGUAAUUUAUAUUUUAUAUUUAUAUCAUAUCUUAUAGCAAAAGCGGCAAAAAUCACCCGUUCGUUAUAUUUCCAUCCUGUGUAUAAAUAAACUGCUUUCACGUGA